AUGUCGCCGUUAAUCUAUUCUCAAAGUUGGGUUGGGAGCUGGUUCUAUACUACGCAAGCUAUGAUGACUUUCACCUUGAUAUUUAAGCGCGGAUGUAUACCAGCUUAACUGCACUGUACGGGGCGAGAACGAGAUUUUUCAACUCGCGUGAUUCGCGUCAUUCGCAGAAGCAGAAGCAGCCUCAUCAUCUCAUAACCAGGGCUUCAUUCGCGCGAUUCGCGCGUCAAGUUCACACUCCAACACAGUAGGUGGCGAUAAUGCUCCUUUACGUUGGUGCCACCCGCCUUAAAACCGAAAAAAAGCAGAAGAACAUCAUGGCACUGCGAACAGAGGGUGGCGCUAAUGCACCAAGACGCUGGAUGCCAACCGCCGUAAAACAAGAAGAAGAAGAACAUGGCGCUGCGAUCUCACUGUCGACAGAUUACCUCACAGAUAGCUCGUUUGAAGCAUUGUGUUAACGACUCUACGAGAUAUGUACCCGCUGUAAGUUUAUCUCGUGCAAGAAUGAAAACGCCGCAUCAGUCUGACGGCUUGCAAUCGAGCCGUUGUCAGAGCAGCUGGCGCAGAAGGUCAUGGGAUCCACCUGUUGGUGUUGCAUGUAUCAAUGAGAAGCAUCGCACGAGAACAGCCGGGUGGGGUCUUGCAGCAUGGGGUACCAUGGCGUUUUCGCUUUUUGGAAGCUCCGACGAGAGGACUGAAGAACAGAAGCUUGAAGAUGAACUAAUUCUGCUGUUGAAGAAAGCCAAGUACAGCAUGAUGAUCGGGGAACUGGACGCAGCAGACGGUUUUUUGCACAAGGCUGUCCGACUGGCACAUCAGACACACAAUAAUGAUGCCAUCAUAUACACAUACAGCCUGAUGGCGAAUCUUGCUUUUGUUCAAGGUCAGCUGGAAAAUGCUGAGAAGCUGUUCAAAGCAGCGUUGAGUUUCAUGCUGUCAGGUGGCACACCACAGGAUGACAAUGCAGUAAUUGAAAUGUCGCUGAAGCUGGCCAGCAUAUAUGCUACUCAGAACAAGAACGAGUUGGCAGAGCAUGGCUUCCAGUUCUGCACAGAGUCUUUAGAGGCCAAGAUUGAGAAACACAAAGACCUUCCACUGGAAAGUCUGUCAGAUGAGGAGCGUAAAGACACAAGGUUGCUGUUGGGUCUUAGUCUAGACGCAAGAGCGCGUUAUUUAGCAGCUAAUCACCGUUUCAAAGGGGCUUGCAGGGAUUACAGGCAUGCCAUGCAAAUUUGCCAGGAGGAGCAGGGAGAGUCACACCCACAGUCCCUGGUUCUGAUGAGUGACCUGGCGACCGUUUUGGACCUUCAGGGGAAGCAUGAUGAAGCACUGGCUCAUGUUAAGAGGGCCGUUGAGCUUGCACAAGCAUCCGGUCACCCUGAUCAACAUGUUCUUUUAGGAAAUAUGGCAGGAAUUCUCAUGCACAAAGGGGAGUUUGAGGAGGCUGGUAAACUGUACCAGGAGGCUCUGGUCCUAGCGCAAGCAGAUGGAGAUGCAGAGGCUGUUGAACUGCUUCAGGAGGGGCUGAAGGAGCUUGCCAACAGGAAAAGACCCUUGUGUUUUCACCAAAGACACCUGGAUGUUCUCAUGAAGAUCCUUCUCGAAAGGGCACCACCUCAGAGCACCGAUAGUAACUUAAGGGAUUCAAUGGGUCACCAAUUAAUCACGCACACACCAUGCAUCACUUCUUGUAUAUAAAGUUGAGUCUUGUGUGCCCCUUGCAAAAACUUGAUGAGAGGCCAUGUAAAGACUUCACGACAACACCUCUGCAUCUGAUUGACUCACUUUAGUUGACUUCCAGUGAUCAUCUGAACAGACCUGGAGAAAUCUU